AUGGGAGAGCACUUAGUUCCAGUGCUACUAAUAACAGCGAACGUCGGUUCAGUUUUUGAAAAUGUGAGUAACCUAAAAAACUCUAAUGUUUUUUUCUCCAAAGUUACGCAAAAUACGACACCGUGAUGUUGUUACGGGGAUUGAAUACGUACGUAUCUUGUUGAAAAUUUUACCGGUUUCAAGCAAGUGUAAUCUAUCGUUAAUAGAUCACAUUGCAAAAGUUGAUAUGUUGUCAUUUUCCUUCAAUCAAAUUGUUUUAUAGUAAUAAUAUAUAAACAUUUAAGCUAAAGGCUCAACUCUACGAAAGUCAAAAACGAGCGACGUGAGCUCGAUUGUUUUGCUUUUGCGUGUUGUUUACAAAAGGAGGCUACUUUUAUUUAUUCCCAUGUCGGCAAUUAUACUUUUUUAUACCUUGUAAUUUUCCAUUUUGUUACAGCGUGGUGGUUUGGAGGAGCGCUGGAUUCGCGAAACCUUGUCGGUAAGUUACGUUUUGUUCUGUGAGGUUACACGGCGCUGGCUUUUGAGUUCAUCUUUAGCAAAUUUUAAACUUUCUUCAUUGUUAAUGGAUGUGGGGUUUUGGUUAUCAGACAAUAACAAGAUUGAAGCCUAAGUUCGUGGCUUUGCACUUUCAAGAAAGUGGAGGUAAAGAAUCUGGCGAAGAAUCAUUGCAAAACGUGAAGGAGUUCGUGAGGUACAAGUCAAUUUUUUAAGCUUAUAUUUUUCGAUUAAUUUAAGUCAUUAUUGAACUCAAAUUUUCCAGGUCUGCUGUUAGAAAAUUUUAAUGUCUUUGGUUAGAAUUCCUUCGAUCGAACUCUGAAUCCAAAUGUUUUGCCUCAUUUUAAGAAUCUUCCUUGGUCAGUCUCAAGUGAAGGAAAAAUUUGACAGAGCUCGUGCGUGGUUUGAUCAAGAUUAUCACGUACAAGAACGUUACACGGUGUGUAGGUUAUAUUUAAUUAAAAGUCAAAUUGCUUUCCUUUGUUUCUCCUGCUCCCUGCAUAGUUUAAUCCCUUAUUAUUGUUAAAUAUCCAUUAUGGAAACUUUCUUAACAUAUUAAAGUUUGUAUCUCCUUCAAAGAAAAUGGAAAUGCUACCGCUGUCAGUGGAUUGAAAAUAUUGUGGCGAAUUUAAGCUUAUACAUGUAUAUUUAUUACAAAGUUGUAUUUUUGGGCUACAUUCUUAGCAAUAAGUUUUAUUAUUAUUAUUAUUCAUGAUUAUUUAGCGUUAUAAAUGUUGUUUAGUUGUUAAAAAUACUUUAAAAGGACCAGUAUGCUGGUUUGUAAAUAGUCAAAUAGAUUAUUUCUUUAAGUUAUUCAAGAGUUUUAUGAUGUAAACGUAUUUACAUUGUCUGAAUUUAUUUUAACAACAAAUUAGUUCCUGUGUAAAAAGAAACCCUUAAUCCAUAGCAACCACUGUUCUGCACGUUAUUUUCAACAGUCCCACAAAAUGUAACUUGCUCAAAAUAUUUAUCCUUAAUGCUUCAUGCUUUUAUUACUGUUCACACAUUGUUGUAAUUUUUAGUCUGGAUGCAUUUUUCUUAAAAAAGCCUUUAAGUCCUAUAUUUUUAAGAAAUAGUCUGUCACACAGGAAUUCAUGAUAGCGCAAAAUUUUUCUCGGCGAUGUGGGCGAAAGGGAUUUAGUCUUUUACUAUUGAUCUGUGCAACUGUUGAUUCUAAAACUGAGAUUCCUGACCAGUGACUGCUUUAUACAGUAUGCCUUCUUUUAGAGAAGUCAGAGAUAUGUUGCUUUUUGCUCACAGUGAAAAUUUGAUCAAUGAUGAAGAAUGUUUGCUGUUGUAUUAUUUGAACAAGUCAAGCAACCUUGACCUUCUCUAUAUGGCACUGUGAUCAAUUUGAUCUUGAUCUUUUAACUGACGAUGAAUGCAAGUCAGAGUUUAGAUUCUACAAGAAAGAUGUUUACCUUUUUGCUGAAGUGUUGCAGGUGCCGGAUCAAAUUAGAUGCUAUAACUGUGUUGUAGUUGAUGGAAUUGAAGCUCUGUGCAUUUUUCUUAAGGGAUUUACAUAUCCUUGUUGAUAUCUCGAUAUGCUGUCUAGAUUUGCAAGACCAGUUCUGCAACUUUGUAUGAAAUCUUACCAAGUGAUGUAUUUUAUUUAUCAAACUCACCACCACCGUUUAAAGAAUUUUAACCAACCAUGUCUCUCUCAAGCCAGCCUUCAGAACUAUGCAGAAGUAAUUCAUGUGACGGGAGCUCCACUUCAAAUCUGCAGAGGAUUUAUUGAUUGUACAGUUAAGCCAGUUUCAGUUGGCAACAUCAUCAUUAUCAACUGAUUUUUUCAUUACUGCUGUUGUUGCUGCAGCUCACCUUGCUGUUGAAGCUGUCUCUGAAUGGAUUGCUGCAUAGUGCUGACAGCCUCAAUCAUGUGGGCCUGUUGUUGUCUCAUACUUCUCUGUUCCAUUAGUUGGUCCUCUUGCAAUUUCCUCUUCAUCUGUAACCCCUCUUUCUUCACCUCCAUCUCUUUUUCUGAUUUGUCUUCAAGAUACAUAAGCGUACCUGUACCGAAUCACCAGUUGUUUCUACCCUUGGGUGUGUCAGUGUCUUCUUUGCCAUUCAAAAGCUUUCUUUUCGUGUGGGCAAAAGUUUUGAGGGAUUCCUGAUGCAUCUCUUUGCCUGUUUUCUGGUUUUUCUCAGUCUUUCCUUUUUUGUUUGAGUCUUCACUGCCGUACUGCUUCUCAAACUCUUUUUCUUUCUUGAUGAUUUACUCCAAAGUUGCUUCAACUGGGGUCAAUUCGGGAGGUGCUAUACCAGAACCCUGUUCCUGCUCUUGUAUCUAUUACAGGACGUGGGACUUAAUGUAGGAACAUCUGUAUCUUGUAUCAAUCUCGGACAGCUCUUUGGUCAACAUUCAUGUUAAGUGGCUUAAUCUGCUUUAAAUUCUCAGUAAUUAACCUGCGACCAUGCUUUUCCACUCACUUUUGUCCUUGGUUGAAAUCUAAAUGGCCCCAUUGGUAGAAUUUGCUUACAAAGGGCUUUGUCUUUUUCACACGUCCAAGUCACAGCAGAUACCCUAAAUAAAAAAAAUGAAGAACAGUGAAUUGGAAGUAGUUUUAUGGUGAGAUGUUUGACAGGGCCUUUAAAUUAAUGUUUUCCCCUUCCACAAUUGUUACUACAACAAAGUGGCUGCGACUUACUGUACCGCUCAAAAGUAAGUUACCACCCUCUUCACACGAUUCCUGUAGCACAGGACAUGAUUCUCGUAACAUGCGAUGGCCUAAAAAUUGUAAGUACAUUAAUUGUGUCAUGGCCAAAAUUCUUGAAACGUCAUGAUCAGGUGCACUAUCAUUACACUGCCGAAAAUGAUGGCAAGCUAAAAGAAAGCUUCUUGAAAGAAACUUUAAUAACACCAAAUCUAAUGCCCGUUUUCCUCAGUCUUUGGGGUAAUGCUAAGCAAAAUUUCUAGUUGGUUUCUCACUGGAGGUGUCAUCAGUUUAUGCCAAAAAUUGCUGCUUCAAUGAUUCCCACGUUACUCAAUUCUAAUAGCACGCAACGCAAUUCCCAUUGCGCUCACUCUUGAAAUAGUUUUUCAAAAGUCGAAGAGAAGUUUCGUAUCUCCACAUGGCCAUGCAAGACAGAAAAGUGAAGUCGUGAACAAAAUACACAUGCGAAUUACUGAUAAAUAUUUCAGAAGUAUAUGUUUAUAUAAUCAGGGAUCCACAUUCCCAGUACAUUUUCCCUGUGUUCUGAUUACUUCUCAUCAUCUUAAAACUUUUAGAAUAAUGGAGAAUAACAAGCAGCUUUCGUCUGCUAUGAAAUCGUAAGUUUGGGCGUCAUCUUUCAUGGCGCAGUAUUUUCUACGAAACGAUGACAGGCUCAGUUUUUUUGUGAAUUACUGCAUUCAGGGGCCAUUCGUCAAAAACAAGACAGCAUUUAUUAAGAUGCAGCAUUUUUUAAAAAGGCGUUUUGUUGCCUUUGGCAAAAAUAAAGGUGAAGUAGAAGCCGGUGCCUGAUACACAUUAAGAUGUGGCAUUUUUAUGAGACGUUUCACUGCCUUCAACGGAAAAAAGGUGAUGCAGGAGCCGCUGCCUUUUAUGCUGUAAAACAUAAGUGCAGCAUCUUGACUUCAUGUUCAUGGCAGACGGACUGACCGUGGCAACCCUUAAAACGUAAAUAAACUGUGUUUAGCCUGUUGUACAUAAGAGUAUAGUUAAAACCCUUUCUUAGUUAUUAUAACGGAAAUAACAUGCUUAUCAGAACUGUUCAAGUUGCACACAAUUUCUUUAAUUUUUUCACAAUUCUGCACUUUUGUCCGGGCAACUCAAAUUGUAAUCGGGCAAGUAUGCCAUCAGGCUUACUUGCCCCGCUGACGACUGUGAGAAAAAAUGAAAUCCCUGUAUACUGAAAUAAGUUUGCUCGGUUGUAAAAUAGAAUAUUUAGUUACAUUUACUGUGAAAUUAUGAGCUUUUACAGAUGCACUAGUUAUGACGAGAUGUAAUGACAUUUAGGUUCACCUUAUUUUUGUGUUGGCCCUUGUUCUGCUGUAACUUUUGCUGCUCCUGCACCAUUCAUCUAUGGAUUUAUUUCAUACACACAUUAUUAUAAGAUGUACAAAAUUGAUAAGGUUUAUUUUCAAUAAAAUGUAUAGCUUAUGAUCUUUGAACAGCCAGAAUUCAUGUCCGUGUAGCCUCAUAUUAAAGAACCACCUGCUGACAGCUCACAGAUAUUUAACUCUUUCAAAAGUUUCAUUCUUAAAUCAGUGGAAACAAAACCACGUCUGUUUUCUGGGUGUAAAAUAAAUUAACUUACAUUGAUCACCUUGUGUUCAUUUCAAGAUGCGCAUUUCAAUUAGUCAAGCAAAAAUCGGUCAACUUGAAGUUGAAAGUCCGCGUUAAACACAUCAGGUUGGAAACUAUGAUGAACAACCUGAAUUUAGUGUCCAUGGAGCAGUAAAUGAAGCUUCCCUUCAUCACUGCUAAAGUCCCUAUUGUUUCUCCAGCCAGGUUCAGGUUACUGUUGAGACUUUGUUUUGUUCUCGCAGUUGUGCCUAUUCAGCAUCUUUAGAUUAUUCAUGGCCUCCAAAUAUUUUAAAACACACAUUUUCUUGACUUUUUAUCAGCCAUAAAAUACAUCUGUUAGCCCUUUUUCUCCUUUUUACAGACCAAAUGACAGAUUUCCCUGUACUACCAUCUCUUAUACUUCAGCUGGUGAACUCCCUACCCUUUCAUAUACCUGAAGCCUGAAAACUUACCCCUUUUGGGCGGUGACUCUAUGUAUAGGCCAUUGUAGGGAGGUUGCCAGGGGCUCACCCACUCAUUAAUGCAAGUGUGAAAACCUGUUGGGUGAGUGGAAUAUUUAGAUUAUUUGCCCAGUUUGGCUUGGGAAAUUUUCAGCUUAAGGAAAAUAUAACUGUCUGUAAACAACCCUAUCAAGUACAUGCAAAUUUCCCACUUUCAUAAAUACAGAACUGAUUAAGUGACAACUUCAUAAAGUACCUUCUUAUAGUCAAGAUACUGCUGGUAAAAAAAAACAAGCAGUGCUAAUGAUCUUUCUUUCCUUGCAUGGUUUCUAUUUGAAGAACUGUUGAUACAGUGUAUUUUAUAUUUACCUGGAGUAUCUAAAACUCCCAACAAACGAAUUUGAAAGAAACCCCUUAAAAAGCAGAUGCUAGACUGCAUUAAAGAUGGUUAAAGAUAGUCUGUCAAAACAAUACUUCCAGCAACACCACAUAAAAAUAACAGCAAUGGAACAGUUGUUUCCUUUACUCUGCUUGAUUUGAUUUAACUUGGUUUGGGAGGGGGGAAGUGUAUUUGGCAAGUGAACAUGCAUCUGUGUGAGUACAAUGUACAUCUGUUUGGAAAUGAGAUUGGGAUGCUACAGUAUAUUGCGGCAGUAUACCAUUGUAUUGAUGGAAUAUGAGUACAUGUACAUCCUCAAAUCUUUCAAAUUUUGUCAGCACCAGCUAGUUAUGAAGAAUGAGUCAGGGGAUUAUAAAGCCAAUCAAAAAUGACAAUAAGCUUGUGAUGGGUACUUAUCAGAUUUGUUUGAUUGUACUUAUAUUUCUUUAUAAACAGGCACUUGGUUGUAUUUAUCUGAUCAGCAAGUCUUUAGAUGAUGUUUCACUUUGGGAUUUUGAAGGUACUGCUUGGUUACUGAUGGCACCUUUUUUCAUUCAAACUGAGUUGUUACUAGUGCAUGACUACGAAGUAUCUCUGUCUGUUUUUCAGCUUGUCAGUGAGUUUUUAAGUACAACGUAGACACAGUUUCCUUUAUGUUGCAGCUUAAUUAGUGUUUGUGUCAGUAAAGUACUCACGAAAAUCACUUUUUUAUUUCUGUUUUUUUUUUUAACAAUGCAUACAAGAUUGUACAUUCAAGAGGAUCAUUGCUGAAGAAGUAAGUACAGAAUCAGCCAGCUGGGUUUUUUAUUGUGUAAAAUGUGCUGUAGGACAGCACAAAACGUAGCCCCGCAGUUUUUCUUUUUUCUCUUUCUUAAGCCAAAGACUGAAAAAAAUCGCUUUUUUCCUGUGAUAAUUUGGUUGUUACCAUUGAUUGAGGUUGAUAUCCCUGUAGUGUAUAUGUACAGUGUAUGCAUAAAUAAUGUUGUUGGUGGUUGGGUAUUCAGGCUCUGUGUGCUGAGCUACAGAGACAGGCAUGUGAGUGUUAAUGAAGAAAGAUAUAAAUAGUAAAUUGUACAUAUCUCAUUAUCCACUCCCCUCAGGGCUUUUCAGGGAUCAUUUACAACACUGGUUGGGGGACUUUGCCAGACUGCUCAAGGUGCAGCUUACAAGUAAUGAAGGAAUGAGUAAUGAUGCCCCCAUACAUGAGUGUGAAAGUGAGAUAGACCACUACAGUACACCGGGCACUACGUGCCCUACUCUUUAUGAAGAGUGAGUGGGUUCUUUAACGUCCCGCAGAUUUAUUACAUGUGUAAGGGUUUGUGAGACGGGGCCUACGGUUUAUCGUCCUUAUCCAAGAAGACUAGAAAUUCUAACCGUUUGCAGAUGUUAUUACAAAGGCAACACUUUCUCCUCAGUUAUUUAAAGACCUUGAGUGUUGGUCCAGCUGGGGCUUGAACCUACGGCCUCCCGCUUAAGUAGCAGACCUAGGCUUAUCCCAUUGAGCUAACCCGGUGAGAGAGAUGUAUAAUUGGGGGAACAACCAGUAACUGAGAAAUAACAAGCUUGAUUUCUGUUUUUGGAUUUUUUCCUUGUCUAAUACCUGUGUAAGGAACAUUUUAAUAAACUUUAUAUGUACUUUACAGAUUAGCAUAGGAAGUCUAACAGAUGUCCCCUUUUUAGAAAAGGAAAAAUUUCCUCUGGACUUUUUUCCAAAGGUAUGUAUGUGGUUUGAGCCCAGUCGAUAUUAGCUGGCAGUCAGCAAUUUUUACAUGUCAGGGCUGUGCUGUUGCAGUACCCACUGGCCCCUGGGGCCUUUCUUUUGCCCCUGGGUGAUAGAAAUCCUACAUGUUGGGCAUCCAGAAUUUCACUGUAUCGGACCACUGGACUCCCUUCAAUUGUUUAUGAACUACAGCCUUGAGUAGUAUUAAUGAAAAACCACACAAAUUUAGGCAGGUUCUUCCACCUGCUUAUUAUCCAGUUAUCCCUUUUACCAUUGUUAAACUUUUUGAUUGGGCGAUUCCAGAAAAUAUCCAUACCAUACCAUGGACGGCUUUUAGGAUUUCCGAAGGGGAGGGGGGGUUCACGAUUAUGGAAUUCUGAGGGCAUGUGGGGUAUUUACAAUUGGAAAUCCGAAGGCAUGGGGGAAUUCCACGGGUGGCAUUUCUGGAGUAGAAAGUGUAGAAUGAGUUCCUUGAAAACGCUAUUGUUGUGGACUUUUGUAGUUCGUAAAUAAACCACGAACGUUUGACCGCGGAAGUAGAAGACAAGCACCGAUAGAUCAGACACGUGUUUACGCUCUUAACUUAUAGAAGUGAACAGUAGAAUGUGGGUUUCACAUUAACCUUGAUGAAUUUCUUGUCACAUGAAAAAAAACUGAAUAUGUAUCUUACUGCUUGCAAGUUUCUUGUUGCUCCCGUCAGAUGAACAGUAAAAAAACUCGCACCAGUCCCUGGCUUACAAGGAACGCCUGUCAGAUUUGAACACUUUUCGUGCACACUACAUGACGUAUAAAAGGACGCAACACGACUCGACGGUAUAUUUGACCGCCGAAAGAUUUUAACAGUCUGAAUUUGAGCUAUUUUGCUUUGUAAACGUCAAAACAGCACAAGAAAACAAAGAGGAGUAAAAUUACCGUUAGUGUUGUUUAUUUUUAUAGCCAAAUUCAGACCUAAAAAGAAGUUUGCCCAGCCUGGCUACUAGCGGUAGGUUUUUCUUGUCGCUGAAGAGUAAAGCUUGUCGCCUGACGCCGCUAGAUCACAGCCUUGAGGAGGCAUAAAUUCAUGUUCGUUUGUCCAUAUAGGCAUUGCCAAGUCGAAAAUGUAGUUCCAAAAAAACAGAAAUUCUGAAGGGUAGGGGGGGGUUCACGAUUAUGGAAUUCUGAGGGCAUGGGGGGGUAACACAUUUUGGAAUUUCCGAAGGCAACGGGGGGUUGAAACAUGGAAGCCGUCCGUGGUUGGGUAUGGAUAUUUUCUGGAAUUGCCCAUUGGGCUGUGGUUUAUAAUCUAUACAACAGUGGCAAUUAUUUGUUAUGUACCUUGUAUUGAGCUUGUAUUAACUUUUGUAAGCUACUAUUAAAGCAUUAGUUCAUUACACUGUUGUCAUGAGUUUUUUCGCAAAGAGUAAAUUCACAUGCUGAUGAACAGCUCCAGAUUCUCCCUUUGCAUGUACACUGUUGACUAGAGAUUGUACUGGUUGGGAGGCAAGUCCCCUUGUCUUUUUAUCUUUGAGCUUUAUUGUUUAGUAAUAUUUUUUGUGUCUCCUUUUUAGUUUAAAUGGUCACGCAAAGGCUUUAUGAGAACCAGGUGGAAAAUAAACAAGUGGUAAAUGACACUAUUGUCAGUACAUUUGUAACAUUUUAUUAUUAAGAAAUACACUAACUUUUUAUAUUCUCGCAAGCAUGUGUUUUCACUGGUGUGAUAAUUUGUAUCAUAAACACAAAGUAUUAUAAUUCAUGUCUAUUACAUGAAGUGGGCCCGGGCCCUGAGUUUUAAAUAUGCACACAUUUUGAAUAAAUAACACUUUUCUUGCUGGUUCAUAUAAUGUGACAAGAGUCUUUACAGCAUGCAAAUUAUUUUAUCAUUUUCCAUUGUCCAAAUCGGUUACAAUGUACAUCUAGUGCUGACAAAUUGCUAGAGGCAGGUGAAAUGACCUGACCACAGGCUGGCCAUGUCAUCAUAAUUGGCCUUUAAAAAAGGGUUGUCGUCUUUACACGAAAGGCUUUAAAGGUUGUACUUGGUGUACAUUUUGGGUAAAAGGGCAUAAAGUUCGAAAUCUCUAGAAGUGGGAGUAAGUAAAACCUGGGAGUAAAGUAAUGUGAUCCAUGUCUGUUUGGAUAUAGUGACAUUGUGACAAUAGCAUUUAGGCUGAAGUUUUGAUUUUUAUCACUAUAAUGGUAAAAAGCCCAUAAAUUUCCAUCUGUUUUGUUACUUGAGUUCAGUGAGUGUUAAUGUUUACAUUGCAGUGUGUUUGAUUUACUGAAUAUUCACCUUUUUCAUGAUGCUUCAAAUUUGGUGUCCGUAGAGAUGGUAGGAACAAUUUUUUGCUUUUGUAAUAUGUCAGUUCUCAUCAAAUGAUAUCAUUUAUUUAAACGUGGCACUUUCUUUGUCUUUUGUUUAAAUUACAACAUCUAACUUGAUAAUAAAUUAAAUAUAUUAACCACAGCAUUUAUGAAUAUGAGUUUUAAUAUCAGUUUCGUGUUUUGACUUUCUUGCUUCAAUGCCUUUCAGACUCCUUCUGAGUACACUAAAAAUCGUAAGAGAGCUCUGGAUCAUGUGCUUGAUAGGUUAGUUGACACAUCUACCAUCAAAUAAAAAUUAUUACAUCUAACAAAUGAAACCUUGUAUUCUGGUACUCGUAAGAGGAGUCAUUUGCUCCCAAGUCAGACCUAAAAUAAUUAUCUUGGCCUGUGGAAUGAAAAGAAUUUUAUAGUGUGACAUUAGGGCCCUCAGAAAUGGCAAGGUACAGUUAUGGUGCCCUCAUUUUUAUGCAUAUAUCAAUCUUUUUUUGUCAGAUUACACCAUAGCUGCCUUCCUAUGGCUCCUCAUGUGUUAUUUGGUGACUUCAACUUCAGACUUGAUAACAAAAGGGUGGUCGAGGUAUGGUACCACCUGUACAUUGUUUAUAUUGCAGCUGUACGGUACAAUAUAAAAUGUUCUAUGUUUUAAACACAAGGCCCAGAGAGAGAUUUUCUGAGAAAUAGAGGAAAACCAAUCGAAGGGUGCCUAUGGCUACUCGAGGAUUAAUUACUGUAGAAAUGAAAGCUGAUAAUGAACUUGCGAUUAGUCUAUACCAGUAUAUUUCACGUCUGUCAAAAAAUGAAAAUAUGUUGUAAGAUAAAAACAAAACAAGACGAAUAAAAAAAAUGUAAAAAAAAGUUUGCUAUGGUGGAAGUCGAACUCCAUGCCUUCAAUGUGUUUGGUCAACGCAUAAUCUAUUGCGCCAGGACAACUAAUGUUAAACAGAAUUGUUGAUUUCAUUAUCUUUAUCACUUUUGCCCAUGAAAUUCUGCUGUAUGACAGUGGUUAAAGCUGGUUGAGCCUUAUUUAUGAAGGACUGAAAGAUAUUUUGGAGGAAAACAAGCAUGGUUUUGACGGUUAAAGCCGUACUUAAACUCAUUUCGUUGCAUUUGAAGAACAUAUGUCCAACAAAGCAAUAUUAAGUGUCUUGCUAAACUGUCGCAAAGUCUCUUGCUGACGGAGUUGUACAGCUUGCAAUUCUCUGCAUUAACCCGAGGAGAUUCAAUUACGAUUCAGCAGCAGUAAACAUUUCCUUUCUUAUUCAGCCAUAGAAACAUUUUAUUUCAGAAUGUUAUUUCCCUAAAAAUCAUGAGAUUGGGGGUCAAGUUUAGAGAAAAGUUAAGCAAGCCAUGCGUGUCACAGCUUUCUAAGUGGAAGCUGUGUUAUGAUUGCUUGAAAUACUAUCCAUCCUAAUUGGCUAAUUACAUGGAACUUCCGGUUUCGAGUGAGUGACAAAUUUACAUACAGAUUCCCCACAAUAUUCGUGGAUAAUCCCUGAGUAAAAAGGGGAUUCUCUGAUGAGAAGAGAAUCCUCUAAUUAUCACCCUUACAUUUGCAGAAUGAAUAUCAAGAAGUUUACUAUCUCUGUAUAUUAAUUCUCUUUGAAUUUUUUGUGUGUUGUUUUAAUUGGACUCUGUUUAAAUUAGCCAUGCCAUAACAGAUGUUCCUGUAUAAAUUAAUAAAUACAUGUAAAUAAAUAAAUAAACAUUCAUAAUAAUUUAACAAGUCAUUUUGCACUGUCUCUACAGUGAAGAUAUUCAAUUCUUAAAUAAUUUUGCUUGUUUAAACUGUAAGGAGUUCUUUAUUUUUUACCAUGUUUGCAGUAGAGCUGGUUGAAGUGUUUUAAUGUUUUUCCUGUGCUUUUUUAUUUUGUAGUCUCUCUGUGCUGGGCUACCACAACAGCACAUCAGAAAAGAUGGUGAGAGUAGUACAUCAAAGAUAAUAUUUAGAGACAGAAAAAAGGCUGACAAGGUAUAUACUGCAGUUUAUGCUACUUGUUCCACAAUAAUUAUGGAACCAGGAUAAUUACAGUGUAUAUGGCUCUAAAUAAAACAACAACGGAGAAACUUUUUACCCUUUUCCAUCCUACGUAUUUACAUGUAGAGCUUAAGAUUGAUAUGUUUAUUAAUGACAUCUUAAAGGUGAACUGCAUGUGUUCUUAAUUUUUCAGGUUUUUCUUACACUAGAACCUAGAAUUUUCAAGUUUCACGAUGAGAGUAUCUUUCGAUAUCAUAAUGGAAAGAAGUUUUCAAAAUACAACAGAGAGUUUGAUGCCUUCCAGGACAGAUUGUUUGAAUAUAACAUUUCAUUUAUUCCCAGGUACAAAUUGUGUUGUUUGGUAAAGACUGCAGUGUUUCUCUGCAUGUGUAUUUCAGCAAUUUUAAAUGAAUCAGUCAGAUAACUGUAGGCCCUUAUAAUCAACGUAUUUUAUUUUCAAACUUACAGUUUAUAUUCUUAAUAAUUUACUGUCCAUCAAUCUUAGUCAGCUUUCCAACCACAUUAAAUGUCAAAUUUCUCAUCAUUGAGAAACAGCCUUUGCCUACAUGUGCAUCAAGGAAAGAGGAAAUUUAUGUUAUUAUUAAAAAAAUGGUUACAGUCAACUAAAUGAUGUGAUAUUUAUAGCUGUAUUUUUUUUCAGUUAUCCUUUCAGUGAAAAUGUUAAAGAAACAACUGUUUAUGGGGAUUCAAGGUACCAAAAAAUGCAGUUUACUCAUUCGUUGUUUGUUUUCCUUCUUUUCCGUUUUUUAACCUAGCAUUUUACAUAACAUUUUUAUUGUAUAACCAGUGGUUUUACCAAUGACACUAUUGUUCUACUUCCUAUGGCGUUUCCCUAAAUAGUCACUCAGUGGGAUGCCGAGUUGAGCCUUACGGUACCCUGCGGCAAAAUACAACUGACUUCCCAGAGUCGGCUGCACUGUAUUAUGUUCAUUUGGUAUUCAUGCAUUAUUAUGAGCAUAGUACUAAUUCCAGACAUUCUUUUUCAACAAUAAUUUAGAUGUCCAUCAUGGUGUGACAGAAUCUUCUUGAGUCAUUGUUGGAAAGCACUGAUAGUGGAGGUUGGUCUCUGUGCACAGUUGUAACUAUUGUCACAUUAAACCAAUUGUCAUACGAGAGGUGCGCAUGUUCUUGACUGACGGUAAGGUGGGGCAAGGUUUGAUGGCCGAAGACUGGCUUUGGUGCAACGUAACACAGUUUAGUUCCACUGGUGCACAACAUUUUGUUUCACUGCUGAUGUUCCUGUUAUCAAUGACUUUACUGCAGUUUUGCCCCAACUUAUCAACCUAGCCUGGGGCAAGCAGUAUUAUUAUAAUACGUAAAAUUACUUCAGAAUGUGUAACCUGCGUAGAUUCAGAAUGUUUGUUUUGUCAGUCACAUACACACGUUGUUGCCAGAUUAUUUUGAUGUACGAUAACGAGUCUUGCAUUGGCAUCAUACAGCAUUAUUUGUGUUUAUCUUAAACUGUAGAGGAAAAGCUUUCCAGUGGUGUAUGACAUGAUAGGAAAACAAACCUGCAUGGGUGACCACAAGGUAAAUAAGAUUUAGAAUAAGGGUCAAGCUGACCAAACAGAAAAAAUCCCAAUGCAGUGCACAUCAGGUUGCAUCUUGAAAGUCUCUUUAUAGAAUCGCAACAAUUGCAUUUACUUUUAAGAAACUAGUAGUUUCCAGUGGAAAGUGAAGUGCUGCGAGUAAAGCAUGACAUUUCAAAUAAUCUGAAUCAGUUGCAGCUAAACCACCACGCACACGUUUUGGGAUCUGACAGUCUUUAUCACAGCGAGAACACUUAAACGCAAGUAAAUACACCCGAGAUAACUGAUUAACACAAAUACUUAAAACUACAGUCAAAUCAUAUAACAGAAUACAAACAACAGAAAGGCCAGAAGACUGUCCGUCGGAGUGGCGUGAUGGGAAAUCUGCACUAUGCUUACAAUCUCGCUUCUGAACUCUGCUUGCUUAUGCUAUAAACUGCGUGCAUACCCGAGGAGUUAUGCUAUUAGAACUAAAUUUAUAAAACCUAUCGCUAUCUGGUGACUAUCAGCUAUAUUUGAGUAAUUUUACAUCCUUAGUGUAUUUUGCCGAUGGCUUGUUAAAGCCCGUCAGAAGACAUGUACGCUACCAAAAGUCUGAUUUUGUUUACAUUACUUGAAUUGAGCGGUAACACAACCUCGUUCCCAGGUUCUCUGUCGCACCCUCAUUAAAGUUCUGUUUGAUAGAUUAGUUACUUCAAGUGACAAGACAAGGGCAAUGUGAGGUAAAGAGGAGUAAUUAAACAACGCAAAUGGUACGCAUUUUGGUGGGCACCAGAGUCUGUGUCUGUUAAACUCUUUUAAGGUCCAAAAAUACCGUAAAACAUGGAAAGUUUUUAAAAUUUUUGAAAGUGACAGCUUAGCCUAAGGUCUCUGAAAACUUUAAAAGGGUCAUGGAAGAGCUCAAAAGAGUACGAACCAGGCUGGGUAAUUAUUAAUAAAUUUAACUGACACAGUUUGUUUCCACAUCUUUUCUUUUUUUUUUUACUUCUCAGCCUAUAUUCUUAUUUUUCAAGAUGAAUUCUUCUGGAGAUACCGUAAAUCAAGGUUUGUAAUUGUUUUAUUUGAUGAGAAGUAUGGCCAACCUUUAAUGAUAUUGGUCUGCCGCGACCUAACCUUCUCACUCACUUAACUAAGAGCAUUAUUUACAUCAUAGACUGCGUCAAUAACUAUCUAUUUACCCUGCUAUUGCUCUGUCUCAAAUACGCUUUCUUAUCCAUUAUGUCUAACAAGAGUAUUGCACAUAAUAAUUAAUUUCUGGUUGCUUUUUGUAAUUCCUAGGGUUUGAGCCUUACAUGUAACAUACCUUUAAAAAUUAUAAUAAUUGUCGCUUUUAAUAUAAAUUUUAAAUGAAAUUAAUUUUUUCUAGUCUCAGUGCAGUGAUUGUCUAGUUGGUUUGUACUUUGUAUUGUAUAUGCUAGUGCUUCUCGAUUUUUUUUUUAUAAUCCUGAGCCUGCGGGCACUUGCCAUAGCUUUUAAGGUUGUUUUUGUUUCUACCGCAUAACAUAACAUAAAACCACUGCAACUUACCUGUAAUUUAACAUCGUACGUGCUAACUUGUUUGAUGUCCUAGGUGCAUGUUACUCUGAAGGCUGAAAGAAAUCUGGGUGUUAGGUUAGUUUGGGCUUUUGUUGCAAAACAGUUCUGGCGAGUUAGUCCUUGUAAUGUGCAUUACUGAACGUUUCAACGUACUAGGAACAGUCCUUUGUAUUGUGUUAAUGAAUAAUUAUUGUCAACUGAUUCUGGAUUAAAAUUUGCAUGGUAAAAUCUGGGGGAAAAUGUAACAUGAGUGGAUCGGGAGAGGCAGUGAAGAAAGGAGUUGGGACCUCCAACAAAUUCCAUUGACACCGUGGUUGAUAGAAAGAAUAGAUUCCCUUGCCAGAAAUUAUUUUAAGCUGAUGUAAAGUGUUUUAUUAGCAGUGAAUGUUCCAGUUCUGGACAUAUUUUCAUCUUUCACGUCGAAAACCUACACUUACGAAAUUUUAUUGAAGCAGUAGUUUUAACUCUCUUUAACACCCCUGUAAGGAGUAAGGUCUUAACCUGUACCUGGCAGUUUGUAUUCAGGAUUAUCCACUACACAAACCACCUUAGUGUAAAACUAAAGAUGAUGCUUUCUUGAAUAUUUAUGGUGAUAUUCCUUUUUUCUCACAGCUGGUCUUGUACAGAAUGGUGGACCCCUUGAAAUUGUCGAGUAUCUUACAAGCGUUUAAGAAGUACAGAAGUCGGUUGCUCUGCGCGAGCCCUUGAAGACCUUGAUCAUCAUAUCAUCAUGUCAUCAAUCUCUACCUCGUCUGAUCUUAAUGCAUCAGCUAUUUAACAGUUAUUGAAUGAGUAUGAUGAGAGGAAUUAUACAAAUCGAGGAAAAUAGCCUUCAAGAUCUGCAUAAUUCUUCGCAUAAUACGAAACCCGAAUUCAUUAUUUCUUUUACUAUUCACUCAAAAUAUUAACAAGCUUAUCUCCUUGUAGACUUUCUUCAAAACUCUGGCCUAUUUCUCGGAACGGUUUCUGAAUAUUAUACAACUGUCUCCCGAAGGAGAGCGGAAUAGUAGUAUUAUAUACGAAGACGCGAAGCGUCGAGGUGUUUAUCUAGCGCCGUUCACCGACCCUUAAGGGGAUAGUUGUUUUAGUAUGUACUAAAUCAAUUGGAGAAAAAUGAAGAAAAUAACUUUUUGUAAAUUACUUAGUAGGAACUUUGUUUACAAUUUACAAACAUUUCGGGGAUUUUGUCAAGUGAUUUUUACGACUUUUGUUGCAAAUUCAGCAUGAAAAUUAUUUUCUACCUACCAUUAAGCAUCGACAAGCAAAAGUUCGUCGCUUUUCUGGCAUUUCUUUGUACGACUGCUUCAUUUAUCGCUCAAAUUCCAUCUUCCGAAAAUGUCUCGAAACAAGACGCCAUCUUGGCUCCGAUCGCAAAACAGUGAAUAGCCAAUCAAAACGCGCGAAAAUUGAUAUUCACUGAUUUGGUAAAUACUAAAAAAAGAUUUUUUUCUUGUAGAUACUCUUCAAAAAGUAGGUAACAUUCAUCGAGCAACACUUUUUGUUAUUCUUGAAUUUCUUCCGUUCAGUUUUAGUCCGAUAUUCCGCUGUUUCGUCUUAGGAUAACCGUGAAAACGCCGUCUUUUAGCUCAUUCAGGAAUAAAAAGCAAGGCUGCCGCGCCUGGGAACGAUGCUUCGUGGGCAAAAUACCAUCGAAUCGAUGGUAUUUUGCUGGCAUCCUCCAAAUUGGGUCAAGGCCAGCUACCUAUGAAUUAGGUGGGGCAUUUGAGCCAAUCAGAAAAGGCGAAAUAUUUUGAAUGUAUAAUAAAGAGAUAUAGAUUACAGGGAGAACCGUGCAGUCUACAAAGUAGUAGUAUCCUCGGCCGGCCAUGGACCAGUAACACUGCUACAAUAGGUGCUUUAACCUGGUUCAACUUGGGGAGAGCAAGGGACUGCUUUCGUAAUGAUAGUACUCAGAUCCUCUUAGUAAUAACAAUGAUAUUCAUAUGGUGAUAAGAUUUUGAUGUUGUACUGUCAGGGCGAAGGGGUUCGUCCUUAAAAAUUAUGGAGGCAGUUUGUCAAGAUUCAAAACAUUGUGAUUUGUGUUUAUAUUAGAUACAAGAGAUGUUAAUUAAUUUUUAAAAAUAUAUAUUUUUUGUAUAUAGAGAACAGACCUUAUCAUUGUAGGUAAGCGGAACGAAUGGGUUGAUGGAAAACGUAAAUUCGUCUUGUGACAAGCGUUUAAAGCGUAGCUUACUUUGGGUGCGUUCAAUUGGCAGUAUUCUGGAAUAGGAAUGCAUUCUGGAUUAGUCUGGAUUAGUCUCUACCCCCAAAAUACACCUUUUUUCUGUUUUCAGAAUGCUGAUUUACUGAUCAGGAUAACAAACACGGCGUCAACAAACAUAUCGCUGCGGCACGUAAAAAGGGGGAAAUUACACCCAGGGAAAUUGACGUAUGGGAGAUAUUUUACCUUGUGUUCUGGAGAAUAACAUUAUAUGACCGGCGUGGAGAGACUUCAAUAUCCUUGUCGCUUUCUUUGUGUAUGGAAAUAUGCCAAAAAACAUUCCAGUUCUCUGCUCUAAUGGUAGCCUUUCUGCGACGGAGUGACUCGUUUCUCUUAAUUUAAUGUCGUUUAUUGAUACCUACCGCGUCCGCCUUGUUCUUUUUUGUCUUGAAAAUCAAACGCAUGGCGAGAAAAGUGACGUUAUCCCGUUUUAUUCAGCCACGCAUUCUGUUCCUUGUAGCAGAAUGUUUGGAAUAUCUUGAGCGUAUUUCGACACUGGAUUAGCAGGUCAAUAGAUAGACUUUCUCAAAGUCCUUUGCUUCCCAUUUCCAGUUCGCCCGUUCUCUCGCUCGCUUUGCCGCCGAAAACCUAAAAUAUUUCUAGCUCGCGCUUCGCGCUCGAGAGAAAUUUUAAGCUCGACUUGUGGGCAAGUCUAGUCAAUUGAAGGAAUUUCCUAUACCAGAAUAAGAAUGCACCCUCAGUGUAGCUGAAUUAUGGAGGUCCUAAUUAUAGUUAUGUCCUUACAACGACUGAUAUCACAGACAGUCAGUGGAAUUCUUAUCUUGAAAAGUUUUGGCCAAGGCUUUAUGAUCUAUCUACCGCGCAGUCAACCCUUCGUCCUUCAACUAAUCCUUUUAGGAAGGUUUAUUCCGCAGGUAAACCAACGUAAAAACGGAAGUUUUAUAUUUUGUGUAGUAUCUAGAGGUUUAUUAAGAUAAAUAUUAUUCGCUAGCUAGUAGGACUUUUGAAACCAUUAUACACUGAUGAUAAACCGCAACGAGAGGAGACACUUCAGUCAUGUACUGAGACUUGGGGUCAUUUAGCACUUUUAGGGCCUGUUUACAUGGGGGUGGGGGACCCCAGGUAGGUGAGGUAACCUGCUUAGGUGGGUUAACCCGCCUGUCCAUACAAUCUCUGUUUUUUAAUUCAUCACGUUUACAGAUAGGUGGGGUGACUUGCCGCACGUCACCUCACCUAUCUGGGGUACCCCACCUCCAUAUAAACGGGCCCGUACGGUAUCAUUGAGAAAAAAUCAUGCCUGAUCGUUUCGGAUACAUUUUCGGCAAUGUUGGUCGUGAAAUCUGUCAACUCAAAUUAUGAUUUAGAAAAUGACUAAGAAUGCUUUCCAUUGGUAUUUCCGACGAAAUCGAAGUUGCGACGAACGCUAUAGAUGAUACGAUGAUCUUGGAGAUCAGAGCGACGAUCCCUUUGCCAUUGCAAUUCUUGUAAUCAAGGAUGACCAGGCUAGUUGCUCGAUGGCAAAAACGAAAUCUACCCCAAAGUUGGACAGAAGUGCUAUUUACAUUACGAUUGUUUGAUUUGCUUAUUAAACCUAUUGCAUCGAUAUCGUGGUUAAGGCUAGCUACCAUGCAGAAAAAUGUUCUUGAGAUGCAAGCGACUAUUUUGUUAAAAAGCUGAAGAGAAGGAGAAGGCGCGACGGACAUCCGCACUGGUUACCUACAGGAAGGCUUUUCUUAUUUGAUUCUAAGGAGAGAGGGAGAGAGAGAGAGAUGGUCUGGAAAAAUAUCGGAAUGGAAGGGUUUUGAGAAUAGAAGAGAUUUGUAUGCAA